AUGGGCUACACGGACCCGACUUUCAACCGGGAUCUGCUGGGGAACCGAAGUUUGCUUUUCAUUUUCAUCUGCGCUUUCGCCGUGGUCACCUUGCUGCAGCAGAUCCUGUACGGGAGAAACUAUCUGAAGAGGUACUUUGAAUAUUAUGACGGACCUUUUGAUUACAACUCUACAAAAUGUCUGGAUCUGAGGCGGGAAAUAAUGGAGCUGAAGGUUCUGACGGUAGCGAGGCAGACAGAAUUGUUUGAAAGGUGGAAGAACCUUCAGAUCUGCAAGUGGGAGUUGAAUAUUACGGAGGCCAACUUCUUCAAAUGCACUUCUCUGUCUGAUGAGAUGCCCUAUUCCCGUUCCCAGUUUAAGAAAUGUGCAGUGGUUGGAAACGGAGGAAUUUUGAAGAACAGCGGAUGUGGCCAGGAGAUCGAUGGUGCCGAUUUUGUCUUACGAUGCAAUUUGCCUCCCAUAUCGAGGAAAUAUGUGGCAGAUGUUGGCGUAAAGACUAAUGUCGUGACAGUCAAUCCCAGCAUAAUCAUGGAAAGGUUCCAGAGGCUGGAGAAAUGGAGGAGGCCUUUUUACCAAGUGCUGAAAGCGUACGAAAACGCCUCCGUGUUGCUUCCCGCCUUCUACAACACCCACAACACCGACGUCUCCCUCAGGGUCAGGUACGUCCUGGAUGACUUCCAAUCCAGGAAGGCCGUCUACUUUUUCCACCCCAAAUAUCUCACGAACGUUUCCCGCUACUGGUUGACUCAAGGGGUGCGGGCGAAGCGCAUCACCACGGGGCUGAUACUUGUGACGGCCGCCUUGGAGCUGUGUGAAGAGGUGCACCUCUUCGGGUUUUGGGGUUUCCCCAUGAACCCCUCAGGGAUAUUUAUAACUCAUCAUUAUUACGACAACGUCAAACCUCGGCCCGGAUUUCAUGCCAUGCCUUCAGAGAUGUUCAACUUCCUCCGUCUGCACAGCAGAGGGGUUUUAAGAGUCCACACGGAGGCCUGCAGCUACUCCUGA